AUGACUUCGCCAGUUCAUGCACCCUAUCCUCCAGCAUGGUAUCGUCGCCUUCCCAGACCUCCCACCGAGCAUAAUCCUGCUUUGCGUCGCCCUUCUUUACUCUCGCAGCAUCAUUUGUUUCGUGAUCAUUCGCCUGGGCGCCCGUUGGAGGAUGAUCCACCUCGAAGGAACACAAUUCAUCUUCCGGAAACCUCGAAACCUCCUCCUAACCCGGCAGACAAUGUAGAGAGAUACCAGCCGCCUGCAAAUGGUGCCUUGGAGCUGGCCCCGCCCUUGCAGCGAGGUCGCUCCUUGGACAUGGCAGAGGAGCAGCCUAAAACCAACGACACGGUAAAUGGUUCGCAUCCGCACCCAAGAGAGCACCUCUGCCUGUGCCCGCCAGAUCCAAAGAUCCCCAGACCACGAAACUCCUUCAUUCUUUUCCGUCAACAUCAACAGGCUAGUAUUCUGGCACAGAACCCUGGUAUUCCCAAUCCGGAGGUGUCAAAGAUUAUUGGAGAACAAUGGCGGCGUCUGUCAGCCGAGUCCAAGGAGGAAUGGAAUUUGCUUGCGGAAGAAGAGAAAGCCCGCCAUCAACAGCAAUAUCCAGGCUACCGUUAUCAGCCACGUCGGAACGGUAAAAUCAGCAAUCAAUCCUCGGUGUCAGGCCCCUCUACCGCGGAACUACAGGAACCUUGCCCCAAGUGUGGAGGGAAACCGAUGAACUAUUACAGCAACCCGACUCCCGUCUACACACCGCCUGCUUCCCAGGCACAGGAGAAUAUGGGGGUUCAAGUCCCAGCCAAACGUGGGUAUGUUGUCAGUGCCGCUCCUGCUCAGCGGAUGCAUGGACAGCCAGCGCUAUCACCGGAGCAUAUGGCUCAGCAGAAAGCCUUCGUGGAAGCCUAUCCUUUCCAGCGAGUCGACCCUCGAUUGAUAUACGCUGUCCCUCCUGCUCAACCCCUGCCUACUCCUCCGUCGUCCGAUUCGCAAGAUGCAAAGAGACGGAGAUUCAACAUCAGCGGUGGCUAUGUGACAACUCGCGAGCACUACCCCGACGCACCCUACGCCUACGCUCACGCUCAUUCACCCAUUGCAACCAGUGCAUACGCGCGUCCGGAGAUGUUACAGCAAAUUCAUGCCUCGCAGCUCCCCGUGCAAGGGCUACAAGUCGCGAAGCCUGCGAUGGUAUCACCCCCGCGAGCCGUUUAUCCUCACCCACCACAGUUACAGCCGAUCCGACCUCCUCAGCAUCAUCAGCGCAAUAGAUCGGCCGUUGCACUCCCGCCAAUUGAGACGGUGGUGCCGCAGACGCCGGCGAAAUCAUCAUCAGUUCAGGCACAAAGCUCUGGGGUGGAGGCAAUGAUCAUGUCAAUCCCCAUAUUGAACAAGGUCAAAGUGCUCGCCCAGAUCUCUCCGCCACUGCUACCUCCUGGUCCCACAUCACCUAAACCAGAAAUGCGCGGCGCAAUCAUCGCAAUCGAAGGCAUGGAUGCAAGAACCGUCGACGGCAUGACCAGUUCUCUAGCCGAGCAGCUUGAAAGAGAAGGGAAAUUUGCAGUCAGGGUGUUUGGCGGACCAGACCCUUAUCCACUCAUUCGUGAUGCGACAACUGGUCCACCUGAUAGCCGCCACUCCUUGACUACCGAAGGAUACUUGAGCAUGCUCAGCCAAUGGCACAAGAUCAAUAAAGAAAUGGUCGAAUUCAUUACGACGAGACCUGCGUCACAGACAGAACACGGCGGGUAUGCGGGUUCGGGAACUUCGCCAAUGUCUGUGGAUAGUCCUGGCAAUGACAUGCAUCCAACCGAAGGCAAUGGUGAUCCAGCAACCUCGUAUACCUCAGCAGGUCCGAAGAAUAUGUACGACUCCGCCAUAAGCCCAAAGACGAUCACCAAGACGGCCGAGCUUUCCAUCCUUUCGCCCCCAGCAAAGGUGCGCAGUCAGAGCACGCCCGGUUUAUCCCUGUACGAGUCUACAAACAACAAUACCGGGGCAGUACACCUUAAUGCUACUCGGCCUCUGCCACUGGCCUUUCCACGACCACUGAAAUCCAAGCGUAUUCCACCUCCGCCGCCGACGCCGCCUCAUUCCAUGCCAAUGUCACAACCGCCGCCCCCGCCCCCGCCCCCGCCCCCGCCCCCGCCCCCGCCCCCGCCCCCGCCAACUGCAAAGUCUGCAUGGCAAAUGCCGCCUCCGAGCAUGCUUCAAGCCGACUCCUCUGCAUCAGAGCGCCAGCCUCCGACACGACAGCAACAACAGCCAACCAGCCAAGGUGAUUCAGGAAGACAACAACAUCAUUCGCCCACCGUGGGCUUUGGUAUUGGCCAAACCCCAACUCCAAUCGCUUUGGUCCCGCAUUACCAGCUUACCACGGUCGACGCUUCGUCCAUUUCCAUGCCCAUCAGUGACGGCUUCUCCCCACCAGCUCACUGGCAAUGGUUCGCAACGCUCUGGCGCGGCAGUGUGGGACCCGACAUCACCGUAGUGAUCAAGGGACUAGAUGAAGAACACGACACCGGCGCCGAAGGUCCGAGAACAACAACCACCGGAACUAGUGGUGCUGCAGCGAAUGCGAACGCGAACACCAAUACUCCCGUGGGUGGCGCGACUGUACGUGGCCGGACCUCGUCUGCUGGGUUGAGCUCGACCUCGACCGGAUCUCAUUCUGGCGUGGAGAUUCGACUGCAUGACUGUCGCGCCGUCAUUGUCAAGACCGGUAUCAUCGGUGCUUCGUCGACAUCUUCGACCACAACAGUGGACAAGGGCGAUGGUAAGACGGGGACGUCACAUUCGUUCAACGCAGCGUAUCAUGCCAAAGAGAUGGAGAAUUGGGAAAAGGCGAAACGCAGAGUCGGUUUCGAAGUCGAUGAGUUUUUGAGAAGAUGA